GGAAUUGAAUCUGAGACGCCACUACGAGACAAAACAUCAGGAGAAGCUAAAAAACCUGAAUGCAGAGCAGAAGAUACAGAAAGUAGAAGAGUUAAAGAAGAAUCUGACAUUUCAGCAGAUGUUUUUCACCAGAGCAAAAUCACAAAGUGAAGCUGGUGUGAAAACAGAGGAGAAAUCAGAGUCACAUCAGCAGGUUAUUUACUGAGGGAGAGUUUCUGAAGAGCUGCAUGAUGAAGCUGUGAGACCUCUGGUGUUUGACUGGAGAUACUUUUAUGGAGCCAUGUUUCAACUUUUGCUGCUCAUGGGGUUUUUCAAUCUUGGAGUCUGUCUCCCUCGUCAGUUUCACUUCAUUAACGAGAGUAAAACCUGGGCUGCAGCACAGAGAUACUGCAGAGAGAAUUAUGUUGAUUUAGCCACAAUUAACAAUGCUGAAGAGGAACUAGUCGUUACUAACUUAAUUGGCACCACAGACAGCAAACAAACUUGGAUUGGACUGUACGAUGAUCUGAACAGCUGGAAAUGGUCUCUGGAUGAUGAUUCUUUCUACAAUGAGGGAGAGAGAAGCUUUAGAAACUGGUAUAUACAGAAACCAAGAUACUGGUAUGAAAACCGUUUGUGUGUAUACUUAUCAGAUAAUGAUGCAGUAUGGGUAGAGUCCUCGUGUUCCAAAACACAUCCGUUCAUUUGCUUUGAUGGAAGAGAGAAUGCCAAUGAAAUGUAUGUCCCAGUUAUUCGGUUCAUGAACUGGACUGAAGCUCAGAGAUACUGCAGAGAGCAUUACACAGACCUGGCCAGUGUGAGGAAUGAGACCGAGAACCAGAAGAUCAGAUCAUUAAUAUAUUUUAAUGAUUAUUAUAAUUAUAAUUUUUGGAUCGGCCUGUACAAAAACAGGUCUUGGUCAGACAAAAGCAGGUCUUCUUUCAGCAACUGGAAACCUGAAGAACCAGAUAAUUAUGCGCUGAAUGAAUCCUGUACUGCUGUUUCAUUUGAUGAUGAUGGAAAAUGGAGCGAUGAAAAAUGCAGUCAGGGUUUUCCAUUCCUUUGUUACAGUUCAAGCUCGUCAUUACCCUCUCAUCAGUAUCACUUCAUCAAUGAAAAUAAAACCUGGGCUGAUGCACAGAGAUACUGUAGAGAGAAUUACACUGAUCUGGCCACCAUUGACACCAUGGAGGAAAUAGACAAACUCCUUAAUGCAGUAAAUGGAAGAUAUUCAGGUUUAGCCUGGAUUGGACUGUAUGGUGAACUGGACAGCUGGAGAUGGUCUCUGGAUGAUGAUGAUGAUUUCUACCAGGAGCGAGAGAGAGAAUACAGAGGGUGGUUCCAUGAACCUGAUAACUACAAUGGAAAUGAGAUGUGUGUUUCCAUGAACUCCAGAGGGGAAUGGUUUGAUCAGAUUUGUACUGACAGAAAGACAUUUGUUUGCUAUAAUGGAAAGAAUGGAACAGAAAUGUACACAUGGAUAAACCAGCACAUGACAUGGACAGAAGCACAACAUUACUGCAGAAAGCAUUACACAGAUCUGGCCAGUGUGAGGAAACAAACAGAUAAUCAAGAAAUCCUCAACCUUACUGGGGGCUCUGCUGCUUGGAUUGGUCUGUACAGAACGAGACUUUGGUCAAACAAACAAGAAUCCACAUAUGAAAACUGGAGACCGGCCACCCCUGAACAGCCAGACAAUGGUUUAUAUGCUAAGUGGGAAUCUGGUAAUCAACACUGCACUGCUGUAUCAUUCAGAGAUUCAGGCCACUGGACAGAUGAGAACUGCUUAGCGACAUUCCCUUUCAUCUGCUAUGAAAAAUCCUGCACAGGAUCGUCAUGUACCCUCCAUCAGUAUCACUUCGUUAAUGAGAAUAAGACCUGGACUGAUGCACAAGGGUACUGCCGAGACAAAUACACGGACCUGGCUACCAUUGAUAACAUGGAGGAAAUGAACAGUCUUAUUAACACAGUAAAUGGAAUCUACUUGGGUUUAGCCUGGAUUGGACUGUAUGAUGAUCUGAACAGCUGGAAAUGGUCUCUGGAUGAUGACUCUUUCUACAAGCAGGGAGAAAGAAGCUUUAGACGUUGGUACAUAAACAAACCAAGUUGGAACUGGAAUGGUAACAAUUUGUGUGUUUAUUUUUCGGGCAUUGAUGGAGUAUGGUGGAUGACAUCUUGUUCUUUGACACUGCUAUUCAUUUGUUUAGAUGGCAGAGUAAAUGCCACUGAAAAAUAUGUUCCAGUUUAUCAGUACAUGACCUGGACUGAAGCUCAGAGAUACUGCAGAGAGCAUUACACAGACCUGACCAGUGUGAGGAACGAGAUUGAGAACCAGAAGAUCAGAUCAUUAAUAUCUGUUUAUUUCUAUAAUGAAGGGUUUUGGAUUGGCCUGUACAAAAACAGGUCUUGGUCAGAUAAAAGCAACUCUUCAUUCUGCAACUGGAAACCUGGAGAACCAGAUAAUUAUGGACAAAACAUAUCCUGUACUACUGUGUCAUUUAAUGAUGGAUAUCACUAUGGCAAAUGGACUGAUGAAAACUGUGGAGAAGUGCUUCCAUUCCUCUGUUACAGCACAAAGUCUUUAACAUCUCCUCAUGAGUAUCACUUCAUUAAUGAGAAAAAGACCUGGACUGAAGCACAGAGACACUGUCGUCAGAAUUACUCUGAUCUGGCUUCCAUUAACGACAUGAAGGAAAUGACGGUGCUUCUUAACACAGUAAAUGGCAGCUACUCAGGUUUAGCCUGGAUUGGACUGUAUGAUGACCUAAACAGCUGGAAGUGGUCUCUGGAUGAUGAUUCUUUCUACCAGGAGGGAGAGAAAGACUUUAGAUGGUGGUUCCAUGAACCUGAUAACUUCAAAGGAAAAGAGCUGUGUGUUUCUAUGAAUAACAGAGGGGAAUGGUUUGACAGGCCUUGUAAUGACAGAAAGACAUUUGUUUGCUUCAAUGGUAUGACCAACUCAUAUGUGGGCAUUAAUGAUCCAGUGACAUGGGAAAAAGCUCGUAGUUUUUGUAGAGUGAAUUACACAGACCUGGCCAGUGUGAGGAAUGAGACUGAACUUCAACAAAUACUGACAGUCAUAAAAGACGUUGAGGUAUGGAUUGGUCUGUAUAGGAAUCAAUUAUGGUCAGAUCAGAGCAACUCAACCUUUACAUAUUGGAGACCAGCGAGUUCAGAACCAACAGAAGAACCUGAUAAUGGUGUAAAUUCACAUGGACAACGUGGAAAUCAACGAUGCACAGCUGUGGAACAGUCUGGCCAAUGGACAGAUGAAAACUGUUUCAACAGUUUCCCUUUCAUCUGCUACUCAAGUCAGUUCAUGUCCUUUCUGAAUCAAGGUAGGAAGACACAGCAGGAGAAAAUCAGUCCUUCUGAUAUUCUGUAAUGUGUUAAAGUCACAAAUUAAAGGACUGGUACUGAUGGAACAUCAGGAAGAAUCGAGCAUAUUGGGACGUUCAAGCAAAGUGGCACAUCUAUAAGCUCAGUGCCUGAUGGAAAUUCAGAUUUAGAAUAUAACUGACACUUCUUCCAGAUUUCGUGGUGAUUUGUCUUUAUUUAAUUAAUUCUAUCAGCAAUCAUUUUUUUACAAAAGCUUGCAAAUGGUAUAGAGUUAAGGAGAAUAUAUAUUAAAUAUAUUCAAAUGCAAACAUAAAUGUCAAAUAAGAAAACAAGUUGAAUAAAAUAAUCAUUUUUGAUCAUAACAAUAUUAAUGAUGUUAAUUAUACUGCAUGUGAUUGAAAUAAAGUGAUUGUUUUUGGUGUACUGGAAAUAAAUAUAUACCUUAUAAAUGUUCCUAAAAUAAACACUGUACUUUAUUUUCUUUGUGCAAAUUAAUGCUGUGGAUCUGAGGGGAUUGAUUUGUAUUUAUUUGUUUAGAAUUAGUAUUGUUUAUUGUGUGUACUGAUUAAAUGCUGAUUAAAAUAAUAAUGGUGAU